AUGCCAGUGGCUGUAGGUCCGUAUGGCCAGACCCAGCCCAGCUGUUUUGACCGGGUCAAGAUGGGCUUCAUGAUGGGGUUUGCAGUAGGAAUGGCUGCUGGCGCCAUGUUUGGCACUUUCUCCUGUCUCAGGAUCGGCAUGCGGGGCAGGGAGCUGAUGGGAGGAGUAGGGAAGACCAUGAUGCAGAGCGGGGGAACGUUUGGCACGUUUAUGGCCAUCGGUAUGGGCAUCCGCUGCUGAGGAGGACAAGGAACGACCUCCUCCACCUCCACACAGUUAUACAGCUAUGGGACUUUUCAAUAAACCACCUCCACCGCUCUCUGUCCGCUCGAUGCUGUCACACUCUCAACCUUCAGUCUAGUUUUGUCAAUAAAAGUUCAUAUUUGUCAAACGUG